UAUAUAAUUUAGGAAAAUUAUCGAUUUGAAUGCAAGCCUCGGGUUUGGCCGUGACGUCAAGUAUUCCCCCCCCCCCCCCCCAACAGUCGGGGUCAGUGAACCACACUUAGCUUUACGUUGUUUAUACACACGUUCACAUUUGUAUUUUCACGACCCUGACAUCCGUAUCCCAAACAUGUUACUUCGUCACACUUCAGAAAGACAAUGAUGGCAUAAAAUAAGAAGAAAAACGUUUACACAGCUGUGAAGAAGAGGAGAGUCCUCGUCAAAGAUGGCCAGUGAGCUCCACGAGACCAUCUUAAUGGCCAAGCAGGAGCGCCACAAGAAUCUCUUCCUCAAUUACAGGAAUCUCAACCAUUUCCCCGUGGAGCUGCUCAAAGACGAGGGCCUGCACUUCCUGGAGAGGCUCUACAUGAAGAGGAACUCACUCACCACACUGCCCGACAAUCUUGCACAGAAGCUACCGAAUCUAAUAGAACUGUAUUUGCAUUCCAACAACAUUGUGAUUAUUCCCGAAGCAAUUGGAAACUUGGCACGGCUGCAGUCGCUGGACCUGAGUAGCAACGCCCUGCUGCUGCUCUGCCCGGAGGUCGGACGACUGAGGUCUCUGAGACACCUCAGACUGUCCAACAACCAGCUCAGAAGUCUGCCGCCAGAGAUUGGCAACCUUCAGUUCCUGGAGACUCUGGAUGUGUCUAUGAACCAGCUGGUGUCGCUCCCCAACCGGCUGCACCGCUGCUCGUCCCUGCAGUACCUGAGCGCCGACCACAACCUGCUGAGCCACGUGCCACGCCACCUCUGCCGGCUGGCCCGCCUCACCCAGCUCUCCAUGGCGGCCAACCGCCUCACCUUCCUGCCGCUAGAUCUGGGAGGAUCAAGCGAGCUUCAGUUUGUGUUUGUGGACAACAAUUUGGACCUGAAAGGCCUACCCUCAUACUUGUACAACAAGGUCAUCGGAUGUAACGGGUGUGGCAUGUCUCCACAGGGCGGCAUGGCAGGCCAGGAAAGCCAGGAAGAGGCGCUUAGCGAGGCUCUGUUAGGGCUGCCAGCCGAAGUCAAAGCGGUGGCCUCUGAGGCGGACAACGUGGUCCCGCUGGAGGAGCUCGCCAUGAGAAUGCUGCACCAACUCUACCAUCAACAACACCACCACCCCACAGAUGUGAACAUCCCGCCUACCAUCCCGCUGCCAAAGAGUCUCCUGGAUCUACUGCAAUUCCCACUAGGUCACUGCCACCGCUGCACUCAAGCCAUGUUCACAGUCAUCUACCCCAAGCUCUUCCCACUGCGACACACUGCCCUGGCAGGAGUGCACCGCAGGACCACAGUCAGUUUUGUGGCGUACUGCUGCUCCAGCCGCUGCCUUCGGACGUUUAACCUACAAGGCUGACGUUGUUGCCUCACACUUUAGCGCCGCUGUGUUGACAGUCAUGACUGUUUUGCAACUCAGACAAUGGGCGUGGGACUGUGUGAUUGCUGAAUAACGCUUUUAACAAACACGUGAAAUUAACAAGCACUUUAAAACUUGUUUUCUUUUUUGGGGGGAGGCGAAAAUAUUUUUACAGAAGGCACAUCAUCAUGGAUUUGUUGACGCAUCUUUGAUGUAAACUUUCAACCUCUGGCCCUUUUGCCAGUAAACAUUAGAUGAACUUUCAGUGUUUCUUCUGCUUGCUCCAAGUCUGCUGUCUGUGGAAAACUGUUUUUCAUCAAUGUACAUUUAUGAGAGAUCCUUGACAUCCAAUUUAAGAUUACAUGUACUGUCUUUUUAUCGGAACGUUUUUUCCACAACUGCCUUCCACUACCGUAUGACCUUUCUGCACAACUUUGUCAAACAGGUAGGACAACUACAUGUUACUAGUGAGCACAACUGCACUAAUUGACAUCUGUGCUCCAAAUUCGUCCUACUAUUGAGGACGAAGACCAUACUAGUACAUGGACUUUAAGGUGGGCAUGAAGGAUAUGGAAUACUGUAAACGCUCAAACGGCUCUCCAUAGCUGUCUUUGGCGUUGUCCAGACGUCCCUGUUGUUACCAGUAAUGUCCACUUCAUACAAGGUCUCUGCAUAAAUGUAAGUACAGUAUUGUUGUUGUUGUUGUUUUUUUUCUCUUAACACCUAGGACUGGGCAAUAUAGCCUUAAAAGAAACUGAUUUUUUAAUUUACUUAAUUUUUACAAAAACCUGAUUUCCAAUUUUAUUUGUUUCUGGAAAAAACAAUGACAAUAUUCUUAUUUCGCCCCUCCUUUCUUGGAUUUGUUUUAUUUUUUCUGCCACCAAACAAGCUUUGAAACUUUUUCCAGCAAGUUUUUUUUUUUUUAUUCCCCCCCCAGCAUUAACUUGCAUCAACUUUCACAUAAAUAAUAAUACAUUUAUAUAUAGAUAAAAUAUACACACUGGUACCUUGAUGUACCAGUGCCCCAGCUGAGUUUUUUGAGUUAUGCAACUUAGUCUGUGUGUGUGAGAUGAACCAAAAUUUGAGUGACAAGGGAGCUUCAGACAAACCACCGCUUGGGUGAAGGGAAGAUAAUGCCGCGAUUGAGGCACUGUAAUGCCCUCGCAAGGAGAGCCGCAGUGGCCAUUGCGCUUUCCGCCAUCUAUCAAACGGGACAAACUGAAGCACACAAAUACAAAAUGAGAAGAACAUUAACACGUCCCAGAAGCUCACAGGACAACUAACUAACCAUGUUGCCAACAUCACUCACUAGGCCAUGCCCCGUAGAGGCACAAAUAUAACACGACAGUUGUGCCUUUCGAGUUCUCCCUAUGUACAGUAAUUACUGUUUACUUUAAAAGCCAUUUUAUUUAUUUACAUUCUUUUUUCAUUUGUUUUCAUAUCGCUGGACCAUAUGUAUGUUGUGGAAGAGCACUUCUUCCUAACCCAUUUUGGGAGGUGAAUUGAAUGUGAGCACCUCUAAAAUUUUACAGUACUUGUUUAAAAUAUUGUUUGUAAUAUUUUAACAGUAAAAAUGCAGCACCACAUUGUUCCACCCAAUCCCUCCCACAUCUCCCUAGCUGUGCUCUGAGCGCACUGUCUGCACAGAGCAAUAUCCUGCCUUCCAAUGAUAUACAGUCAUGGUGUACAUUUCUUCACUUCUGCAAUUCAAUACCAACACACUUUUAUCAUUUGUACCAUUCCCAAUUUUUGCUGCACUUUUAUCGAAGCUCAUAGUUUAUAUUAAGUAAGACUUAACUGGGGUUUGUCCUACUAGGAGAUGUUUCAGAUUGUCAGAGA